AUGGCGUCGAAAGUAUACCGGAUAUUUCCCUUUUUACUCUCCCCAGUGCAAGUGCCAGCGCGCAAAAAUUUCAUUAAUUACGCUCGCUUAUCGACGAAAAUGAGCAAACCAUCGGUUUACGUUACUAGGCAAAUUAACCAAGAAGCCCUAGAUCUACUUAAGCAACACUGUGAAGUGUCAUCAUGGACAGGACCGGGCCCAGUACCGAAAACCGAGCUGCUGAAAAACAUCGAAAACAAACACGCCUUGUUGUGCAUGCUAACCGACCGCGUGGACGCCGAGGUUUUGAACAAAGCCGGCGCUAACCUGAAGGUGGUAGCCACCAUGUCGGUGGGCUACGACCACCUAGACACGGCCGAAAUUCGAAAAAGAAACAUCAAAAUCGGCUACACCCCGGACGCCCUCACCGACGCCACCGCCGAACUGGCCGUCGGCCUCCUCCUAACCACCAGCAGGCGCCUCCUGGAGGCCGCCGAGGAGGCGCGCACCGGCGGCUGGCAGGCCUGGUCGCCCUUCUGGAUGUGCGGCCGCGGCCUCAAAGGCUCCACCGUGGGCAUCGUCGGCUUCGGCCGCAUCGGCCAGCAAAUCGCCCGCAUACUGAGCACCUUUAAUCCGAGCCGAAUCCUCUACUACAACCGAUCCGAGCGAGCGAAGGAGGCCCGCGAGAUCGGCGCCGAGCGCGUCACCUUCGACGAGCUGCUCGCCCGCAGCGACUUCGUCAGCGUCAGCGCCGCCCUGACGCCCGAGACGACGCGGAUGUUCGACCGGGCGGCCUUCGGGAAAAUGAAGAAGACGGCGGUGUUCGUGAACACGAGCCGCGGCGGCCUAGUGGACCAGGAGGCGCUGGUCGAGGCGCUGAGGAACGGGACGAUUUGGGGCGCCGGGUUGGACGUGACGACGCCGGAGCCGUUGCCUUUGGACCACCCGUUGUUCGGGCUCAAGAAUUGCGUGGUGCUGCCGCAUAUUGGCAGCGCGGCGAUCGAAACGCGAAACGAAAUGGGAAUCGUGACGGCGAGGAAUAUUAUAGCGGCGCUCAACGGCGAUGCGAUGCCGUUUGAAUUAGUCGUUUGA